CGGGCCAAGUUACUUAUGGUCCGGGCCGGGCUGGACCAAUAACCGACCCCAAAAUUGUAGCUGUUGGAGCUGCAGUUUGCUAAUAUAAACAAAUCAGUACCUAAUUUCGAUAUAGAUAUUCUUAAUCUCUCUCCUCGAUCCCGCAGUCUUAGGGCGGCAGAACCCUCGCGAUGGCGAGCAACUCCCAAACGUCAGGAGAUGGCCCUCCACCAAAACCAUGGGAAAGAUCAGGGCCUUCUUCUUCUGGGCCUACGCCUUUCAAACCACCCUCUGCUGGAAACACAAGUGAUGUAGUAGAGGCAUCUGGGACAGCACAGCCUGGUGAAGUUGUUUCAACUUCUGAUAGGAAUACAACUGUUAAUAGGAACACACUUGCUCGGCCUGUACCUUCUAGGCCUUGGGAACAACAGACAUAUGGAAACAGCACCUACGGAGGAUAUGGUUCUGGUUUGAAUUAUAACUCCGGCUAUGGAGGUGGGGGGAUGUAUGGCUCGUAUGGUGGAUAUGGAGCAGGGUCCUAUGGCAACGGUUUGUAUGGAAAUAACAUGUAUAGAGGAGGCUAUGGUGGACUUUAUGGAGGUGGCAUGUAUGGUGGUGGCGGAAUGUAUGGCAAUGGUUAUGGAGGUGCAAUGGGUGGCUAUGGAAUGGGCAUGGGUGGCCCCUACGGUAACGAGGAUCCUAAUAACCCUUUUGGACCUCCUUCCCCACCCGGUUUUUGGGUCUCACUAAUGAGAGUGAUGCAAGGUGUGGUGAAUUUCUUUGGACGAUUUUCGAUGUUGAUUGACCAAAAUACGCAAGCACUCCACUUGUUUAUGUCUGCCCUCCUUCAGCUAUUCGAUAGGUCCGGAAUGUUAUACGGCGAACUUGCCAGAUUUGUUUUGAGAAUAUUAGGAAUCAGAACAAAAUCGAAGAAAGUACCUCCUCCUGGAGUGGAUGGCCUUCCCGGACCAGCAAAUACCGGAGGAACUCAAAACUUCGUGGAUGCGCCCAAAGCUGCCCCUAGCGGCGCCUGGGACACUGUCUGGGGCAGUGAUGCCAAGAGCAAGGACUAAAACUACACAAAUCUCGUCGUCUGACUUGUAGACUAUGGUAAAAUCUAAUACCAGUCUCUGUUCAAAGCCAGUCGAACCCGCAGCUAAGGAUGCACAAGGCUAUGAUUUGAACAUGCCUUCGGUAAACAAAAAAAAUUUAAAAUAAAAAAUUAUGUUAGUUUGUGUUUAUCAUAAGUCUAUAUGUAUACAUACAAGUAUAUAAUUUAUAAACAUGAACUUUGAAUUAUAUAUGCAGGUAGUUUUCUUCUUUUGGCUGUGCAUUGCGUUUUGAAAUUCAGUUGACGUGUACUUCGUCCGUGGGAUAUUAUCAAAUUUAUUUUGAUAAAUAAUAGUAAUAUUUUUAAUUAAAUUU